GUCAGCUUUGUCUCAGGGCGCGGCUAUGUGCUGGAGUCCAUCAACGAGCAGCCGGGGCAGAGGGGCCUCGAAGUAGGAGACCUUCUCAUUGAGGUGGCUGGGCGCUCUUUGGCUCUGGCUUCUGAGGAUGAGGCUGACGAGGUGCUCUCUGCUGAGCUCAGAGAUGGCGUUCGCCUCCGUGUGCUCCGCCCCCCAGCAGCCAGAUCUGAAUCGCCGGAGGCUCGAUGUCCUGCUCAUGCAGAGGAGUCUCCAGAGAAGGCUAUCUCCUCCCAGGCCGGAGAAGCAGCCAGUGGAUCUCAUGAUGCCCUGGCUGGUUUCCUGAGCAGUCUCUUUGGAGGUUCCAGCUCAACAGGUGGAACGGAGCCAAAUCGCUCAGCGGACCCGAAGGGCCAAGGGCCCGUGCAUCAAGAAACCCCACAGGCUGAUCCUCCGCAAUCCGCGGAACCACCCAAUCGACAGACGUCCGAUGGGGCUGAGGAGAUUUUGGCUACCAGCCCGAGCCCUUUUGCCUUGGAGCUGGUACCUCCAGAGCUAGACACGGAGGGCUGGCAGGCGCCCGCACCGUCGCCUGAAGUGGUCCAAGAAAACACACCGGGGCAAGACGUGGCUCCGAAACCCGACCCUGAGGAGGACGCGGAGGAGGUGAUGAUCUUUGAGCCUCUCCACUCAUCUCGCGCAACCGAGCAGCAAGAUGCGCCAGCAGAGUCCAUGCCUGAGUCUUCCCCUCCUCUUCCGGCUCUGGCCUGGUCCAAGCGCGCGGACCCGGCCGAGGCUGAUGCGGUGGACAGUCAGAGUGAAGUUUCUGCAUCGCGCAGCGAGAUGGUAGUUGCCGCCGCGCCACCACUUCCAACACUGGCAGCACCAAGCACGAAGCGAUCUUCGACAGCGGCUGGGCCGCGCUGCAAGGUUUCAGAGCUUAGAGACUGGUUAGAAGAAUUGCGCCUUGAAGAAUACCUGGAUGCUGCUUCCACCUGGUGCGCAGAAAUGGGCGCUGUUUCUUUGGAAGAAAUUGCAGAGAACAUCGAAGA